GAAAACAACUUUCUGAUCUGGCAACCGCGGCCCAGUGUACACAGACAAGAUGGCGGCAUCUAUGGAAGACGAGUUUGAAGAUGCACCUGACGUGGAGCCGCUUGAACCAACACUAAAAAAUAUAAUUGAACAAAAAUCCCUAAAAUGGAUAUUUGUGGGGGGCAAAGGCGGUGUCGGUAAAACUACGUGUAGCUGUAGUUUGGCAGUCCAGCUAGCUGCAGUGAGGGAAAGUGUCCUCAUCAUCUCCACAGAUCCAGCCCACAACAUUUCUGAUGCUUUUGACCAGAAGUUCUCUAAGGUGCCCACCAAAGUCAAGGGCUAUGACAACCUUUUUGCAAUGGAGAUAGACCCGAGCCUGGGAGUGGCGGAGUUGCCCGAUGAGUUCUUUGAGGAGGACAAUAUGCUCAGUAUGGGCAAGAAGAUGAUGCAGGAGGCAAUGAGUGCUUUUCCAGGCAUCGACGAAGCUAUGAGUUAUGCAGAGGUCAUGAGAUUAGUGAAAGGAAUGAAUUUUUCUGUGGUUGUCUUUGACACUGCCCCGACUGGCCACACACUUCGGCUUCUUAACUUUCCCACCAUUGUAGAACGAGGUUUGGGCCGCCUCAUGCAGAUCAAAAAUCAGAUCAGCCCUUUCAUCUCUCAGAUGUGUAACAUGCUCGGUUUGGGUGACAUGAAUGCAGAUCAGUUAGCAUCAAAGCUGGAAGAAACACUCCCAGUUAUUCGCUCUGUCAGUGAGCAGUUUAAGGACCCUGAGCAGACCACCUUCAUCUGUGUGUGCAUUGCUGAGUUUCUGUCCCUCUAUGAGACUGAGCGGCUGAUUCAGGAGCUGGCUAAAUGCCGCAUUGACACACACAACAUCAUCGUCAACCAACUCGUUUUCCCUGACAUGGAGAGGCCGUGUAAAAUGUGUGAAGCUCGGCAUAAAAUCCAGUCCAAGUACUUAGAUCAGAUGGAGGAUCUCUAUGAGGACUUCCACAUAGUCAAGUUACCUCUGCUGCCCCACGAGGUCCGAGGUGCAGAUAAGGUCAACACUUUCUCUAAGCAACUUCUGGAGCCGUACAAGCCACCAAACAAGUGAUUUUCUUCAGUCAGGAAGAAAGAAGAACUCUCUGCAACUCUCCCUCUCUCCCCCCCCCCCCCCGUUUCAGCCUCUCCCUCCACUGCCGCAAAAAAAACACCUACAGAUUUAACACACGUCUUCUCCCUAUCAAGCCUCAAACAAAUGUCCUUUAGUUACAGAGUGAGUGUACAGAGAUGUCAUCCUUUCGGGGGAAGGAGAGCCAUGACUCAAAGCGUUCAUUACUAGGGUGGCAAUAUGUCUUUUCAGAUACAAAGCAUUUAACUCAUCAUUUUACUUUCCCCCAAGACUUGAGUUUGGAAUGGAUUCAUGAACUUGCAGAUUGUAAAUGUUUUACACGUGUUUAUCAUUAAGUUGCAUUCCGAAUUAACUAGCGUGUAAUUUGGUGAAAAGUAAUUACCAAAGUUUAUGUAAAUUGAGACCAUUGCAACAAAAUGUUUUUUCAACGUACUAGACGGUAAAAAUUAACUUUUGUGUGCUAACUUAAAGCAAUCCAAUUAUAACUUUGAGAAGUGUCAUGCAAUAUCCCCUUUAGCUUCUAUAUAUUUAGCUAAAGCUGCUAAGCUGCUGCUUUGACCCAUAGUAAGUCAAAGAUAAGACUGGAGAAUUCACUGACGAUGCUGGACAGUUACCCACAUUUCAGCGUCAACAAAAACACUAAAUGGACUCUCGCCUUAUCUGAUGUUGAAUGUCUGCGGUCAGGUCUAAAGGAAGGAUGCAACAGAGUAGAGGCACAUUUGUGGUAAAGCGACUUGCUUGUUCAACUAGUAAUACCUGAAAGAAUCAUCCACAGUUACAUUUAAUUUUCUCUUUAUGUGACUGAAUGCUUUUGAGUCGGAAACUGUUUUCUAGAGAUUAUCUUUUAAAUUAAGUUGAUGGUAAAAAUAUUAAACAAACUUUGUUUCUGCUA